UUUCUUUUCUUCACUCCCUCAACAAAAAACCUCCGAAAGUCGCACACAUUCUGCUGGUGGGUUUGGCUCUGGGUGAGGCUGAGAGAAUCGAUCAUCCGACAAUACGAAAAGGGAGCUGACGUGGAAAGUUCUGAAAAAUGGAGCUGCCAAAGGGUCUUCUGACCUCUGUCUUCGUGUUUCUGAGUUUAUUAUCUUUUUCUUUUGCUGUUGGACGACCCAGGGGAGUGUCCCUUGAAAAGGCCUCUUUCUAUGAAGGAGGCACAGAAUUCAAGUGUUUGUCCAAUGGCCGUAUUAUUCCAAUGGACCAUGUCAAUGAUGACUACUGUGACUGUGAGGAUGGGUCUGAUGAACCAGGUACCUCUGCUUGCAGCAAUGGUUUGUUCUACUGUGAGAACAAGCCAUACAAAGGCUCUUACAUCAUGUCUUCACGGGUGAAUGAUGGGAUUUGCGACUGCUGUGAUGGUUCGGAUGAGUAUGACGGUACCAUCUCCUGUGAGAACACCUGCGAGAAAUUGUUUGCUGAAAUCCGGGCUCAGCAGGAAGCUUUCCGCGAGAAGCAGGAACAGGGCUACAAGGUGAAGCUGGAGUACAUCCAGAAAGGCAAGAGAGCUAAGGAUGAGAAAGUGGCUCGCCUUAGUGAGUUGGAGAGGACCAAAGAAACUCUUGUUCAAGUGAGAAAUGGUGCUGAAGAGCUGAAGAAUGCAGCAGAGGAGCCCGAGAAAGAGGCUAAGGACAAGCAUGAGGCAGCUUGGAAUGCUGUCAAGGAGGAGCGCAGAAAAGCCAAAGAGGCUGUGGUAGCAGGGGAGGCCUUUGCUGAACUGGAUGUCAAUCAGGACGGAAUAGUGGACAUUCCAGAACUGCAGAAUCAUCAAGAAUUUGAUAUAGAUUCUGACGGCACUGUCAGUGAUGAAGAGGCCAAGGAGUACCUGGAGGACAGUGACAGUUGUGACUUGCCCACAUUCACUGAGAAGAUCUGGCCCAACAUCAAGGAAAUCUACAAGCCCCCAUCUCCCCCAGAGGAGGUGCCAGCGGGAGAGGGAGAGGAAGCCACGGCAGCACCCGUGGAAGAGCAGCCGGAGGGGAGCGACCCGAGGACUGUUCCUCCCAUCCUCCAUGAGGACGUGAAAGUGGUGGAGGGGGGAUCCAAGGAGGAGGAGGACAAGUACAGAUAUUCUGAUGACGAGGACCUCUAUAAUGAUGAGGAUGAUGAGGAGGAGGAAGAUGACGAACUUGAAGAUGAGGAUGAUUUAGAGGCUGACUAUGAUAUUAGUAAAAAGAGACGGGGUAGAAGAAAUAAGUCAGAAAAGACUGAAGGUGAGGAUGAUGAGGAGAAGAUGCCAGACUAUGAUGAAGAGACCAAGAAACUCAUUGCAGUUGCUGACGAAGCCAGGAACAACUACAAUGAUGCAGACCGCAAAGUUAGGGACAUGGAGACUGAGAUCACUGGCAUCAAGUCUUACAUGGAGCUAGACUUUGGACCAGAGGAGGAGUUUGCUGCCCUGAAAGGCCAGUGCUUCGAGUACACUGAUCGAGAGUACACCUACAAGUUGUGUCCCUUUGAGAAGACUUCACAACGCCCUAAGGCGGGCGGCAUGGAGACCAGUUUAGGUAAUUGGGGUCACUGGCAUGGCCCAGCGGAGGACAAGUAUGACGCCAUGAAAUACGAAAAUGGCCAGGGCUGCUGGAAUGGGCCCAGUAGGACAUGCCAUGUCAACUUUCACUGUGGUGCGGAGAAUGCCCUCACUGGAGCUUCAGAGCCGAGUCGCUGUGAAUACCAGUUUGAGUUUACAACACCCGCACGGUGUGCAGCACCAGAUUCAAGAGAGCAUGCAGUGCAUGAAGAAUUGUAACGCUAGAUGGAUUUAAAACUUGAUAGGUGUCCUGUUUUUCUGUGUGUUUUACCAGUUAUUCGGAUUAGGCUGAAUUUGGUAAUUUAUUCAAUACUUCUACUUUGAAGGAAAGCCCUUUUUUUCCUCCUUUUAGAAUUAUCUUGAUUCCAUUUGAAUAGAAGUUAUAUUUGGUAAAGUUCAAAGUUUCUCUCUCUGUCAGGAACUGAGAGUUGAAGGUUUAUAAUAUCGUGAUUCAUAUCUGUAUAAAGAUGUGAAAUUUUCUUUACGACAUUAUAGUUUUGGUUGUGACAUAUUUUUUUGGCCACGAGUGUAGAAGGAAAGCACACAAAAAUGUUCAAGCAUUGUUAUAGUGAUAGUGUUUUCAAACUUUGGGAAAUACGUAAAAUCUUGUUUGUGUUAGAUGGGAAAUGUUAUUGCCAGUUAUGAUGAUAUUUUUAUGUGUUAUUUGUUUCCAGAUAUUUGAGAUGUACAUCUGUUUACAUCUUAUCUGAUUUUUUGUUGUUGUUUAUGUUGAUUUGCAUGGUUGAAUAAAAGCUUCUUGUUGUUACUUUUA